ACUAGGUGUCAGUGAACAUCAAUAUAAUGGUACUUAAUUUUCAUCAUACCGCUCGUUUUUUAAUAUACGACAGAACUUCACGCCGGUAUCUUCGCUUCCUUACUCCUGCUGCCCUUCUCCUUACACGGCGCUUAAUUAAGUGUUUGGAGAUUAUGGAGAUGAAAUGAAGACAGUGUCAGUGCAGAAGGGAGAUUCUGUCACUCUAGGCCCUGGUGUUACUGAAAUGCAUAGAAUUACUAAGAUACAGUGGAAGUUUGAAAAUGAUGUCAUUGCUGAAAUCUUUGGAAAUGACAAUAAGAUCUCAUAUCGCCUCAAAGACACUGAGAGAUUCGGAGACAGACUGAAGCUGGAUAAUCAGACUGGAUCUCUGACCAUCAACAACAUGAGAUUCACAGACUCUGGAGAUUAUGAAGCACAGAUCGAACACAACACUGAAGGGCUCUCAUAUAAGAGAUUCAGUGUGACUGUCUCAGGUCCGUCUCCAGUUCUGACAGAAGGUCCAUCUCCAGGUGCUGUAGCAGGAAUAGCUGUUGUUGUUCUGUUGGUGUUUUCUGCUGCUGCUGCUGCUGCUGCUGCUGUUUAUUACUAUCGACGCAGAAUCUGUCAUCCAAAAUGUUUAUUGGAUGAAGAGAAGACUGAAUCCACCAAAGAGGGAGAAUCUGUCGCUCUAAAGACUGAUACUGAAAAACAGACAGACAAAGAGAAACUGAAGCUGGAUCAUCAGACUGGAUCUCUGAAAACCACAGACUCUGGAGAUUAUAAACUACAGAUCGAACCCUGCAGCGAAGAUGAAGUGAACACUAUAUUUGUGAAGGAGGGAAACCAUCUGACUCUAAACCCUGAUACUGAAGUACAGAGAGAUGAUGUGAAGAUGUGGAUGUUUGGAGAUCAAGACAGUCUCAUUGCACUAAUGUCUAGAUCGUCCAGAGAGACAUUUGAUGGUCCUGAUGGGAGAUUCAGAGGCACACUGAAGCUGGAUAAGAAAACCGGAUCUGUGACCAUCACAAACAUCAAAAGCAAACAUUCAGGAUGUUACAAACUACAAAUCAGCAGCAGCAGAGGAACCAAAUACAAGAAAUUCAAAGUUAUUACACAUGGUUCCAGAGGAAAAAAUGCAAAUGAAACUUUAGAUAUUCAACUGUUGAGUGAAGAAGAUCCGGAUAGAGCAAGAGUUCAGUACGUUAAGGCUUGUCCAUAAGUGCACUAUGAAGUGCACAUGUCAUUUCAUACAGGUUUGGAUUGACAUGAGAGUGAGUAAAUUACAAGUUUUAAUUUAUCAGACUGUAUAUAAGACAGUUCAUGACCAUCAAGUGCCACAUUCAGUGAGUCGACGUCAAUGACAAAAGACGGUCAUUGCGACACUGUAAAGUGAUGGCGCUAUGGAGCCAUGUGCCUUUAAACUGUUUUAAUAUGUUCAACGUUAAAUUAUCAGCUCAGAAAAUACACUAAUUUGACUAGAAACACUGGAGACCGGAAAUGUAAAGCAUCCUUCCUGUUACAAGUCAGUAAUAAUUAUGCUUAAUAAUUAUGCUUAUUAUGUUAUUCAAACAAAUGUCCUGACGAGGACCUCGGUUCAUGAGUCUGGAGGACUGUUUUUUAAAUUUUUUUGGAGUUUGCAACAGAUGCAUCAGUCCAAAGACAUUCAGGAUUGUUCAACUGGAGUUACUACAUUUGAGUUUAAAUGUGAAUGUGUUUUUCUAUGUGUGAGAGUCUUGUGAUGGACUGUUUCUCUGCCUUUGGGACAGACUCCAGCGUCCCUACAACACUACAGAGGACAAGCCGUUUGGAGAAUGGAUGAAUCUAAAUGUAAAGUGCCUUUAUAUUCACUCUGAAGCACUUGACUGAUGAACUCUGCCUUACUGCACUUCUACCAAAAAUGCAUUUUUUUGCACAUUUGUUCAACGCUAGUAUUAAAGAACCAUUGAAUUAUUCA